AUGAUUGCCGAGUUCGACGAUGAUGGCGAACAGACAGUGUCAAUCAAUGAGUAUCUCCAGAGCAUCGAAGAAGAAGAGCAGGUAAAAACCUUAGGAGGCGGUUUGGUUUUGGGCGGAGAUGAAGGUGAUGAGUGUACCUAUUCUAAAGGUUACAUGAAGAGACAGGCAAUUUUCUCAUGCCUCACAUUCACUCCUGAUGGGAAUGCCGGAAUAUGCACUGCUUGUUGCUUGUCUUGCCAUGACGGACAUGAGAUUUUGGAACUCUGGACCAAGAGAAGUUUUAGGUGUGAUUGUGGAAAUUCCAAAUUUGGAGAGUUCUCGUGUAAACUUUUCCCAAAUGAGGAUGCAGAGAGUAGCGAGAAUUCAUAUAAUCACAACUUCAAAGGUGUCUACUGCACCUGCAAUCGUCCCUAUCCAGAUCCAGAUCGCCAGGAACAAGAAGAGAUGAUACAGUGCUGUAUGUGUGAGGACUGGUUUCACGAGGAGCAUAUCUGCCAAAGUUCUCCUGAUAAGGUUGGUAAGCUGGAUGCAUGUCCGACAGUUUCGUAUAAUGCUUAUUCUUCAUCAGGGUUUGCCUGA